GCCCCCUUAUCUAAAACAUUAUCUUUCCUACCAUCCCAAUCCCAAAUCCCAAAUCCCAAUCCCAAUCUGAAUCCCAAAAUCUCAGCAGCCAUGGCAUUUGCAGGUACAACCCAGAAAUGCAUGGCAUGUGACAAGACUGUGUAUCUUGUGGACAAGCUCACUGCUGAUACUCGCAUCUACCACAAAGCUUGCUUCAGAUGUCACCAUUGCAAUGGCACCCUCAAGCUCAGUAACUACAACUCCUUUGAGGGAGUUCUCUAUUGCAGGCCACACUUUGAUCAACUCUUCAAGAAUACUGGAAGCUUAGACAAAAGCUUUGAGGGCACACCAAAGAUUCUCAAGCCACACAAAACCAAUGAUGGGACUGAGAAGCCAAUGGCUAACAAAGUGUCCAGUAUGUUUGUGGGAACAAGAGAGAAAUGUUUGGGCUGCAAAAACACUGUCUAUCCCACUGAAAAGGUUUCAGUAAAUGGAACUGCAUACCACAAAAGCUGCUUCAAAUGUAGUCAUGGAGGGUGUGUCAUCAGCCCAUCAAACUACAUUGCACAUGAAGGUCGCCUCUACUGCAGACACCACCACACCCAACUCAUCAGAGAGAAGGGUAACUUGAGCCAGCUUGAGGGUGACCACCAUAAAGUUUCCACGUCAUCAUAAUCUCAACCUCCUUUUACUAUGGAAGAGACGGAACCCUGUUUUCCUUUUCCUAAUCGACGUGGUCUUUUGUUGUGGAUCAAGUAUUGGAAUUUGAAAGCUUGUUGCACUUAUUACAAUAAUGAUAAUGUGUUGUUGGCUCAUGUACCAGUUUAAAUGCUAAGUUCCUAUUAAGACAGGCUUCAUAUUCAAGUUACAUCAGCUUAUUGCAUUAAUCUGCUUGAAGA